AUUUGAUGUACAGAGAAAAAUAACUCUGUUAAGCUAAGUUUAUACCUUCCAGCCUUGUAUUUUAUAUGAACUGAACAUACCAGUUCAAAUCCGAACCGAAGUUUAUGGCUUUCUCUGUCAAUCAAGCUCUUUGCAACUUGUUCUUCAUAACCCUUUUCUCAACUUUCCUGGUUAAUCUCAUUAAUGGAGAAUUCGCUGAGCAAUCCCCUGUAGUGUCUACAGAACGGAUGGAGAAAAUGACCCAACUCCAUUUCUACUUCCACGACAUCAUCGACGGGGAAAGCCCCACUGCCGUAAAAAUCAUCAGUCCGGAUGCUGGUUAUUUUGGCGAAACUUACAUGGCGGAUGAUCCGUUAACAGAAGGUCCGGAGCCUACUUCAAAGCUGGUUGGAAGAGCUCAGGGAGUCUAUGCUCUGGCUUCCAAAGAGGGUGCCGGGUUGCUCAUGGUCAUGAAUUUUGCUUUCCUAGAGGGUAUUUACAAUGGAAGUACUAUUAGUGUUCUAGGCCGGAAUCAGAUUUUUGAAUCCGUUAGAGAAAUGCCAGUGGUCGGAGGAAGUGGCAUUUUCCGGUUUGCCCGUGGCUAUGCCUUGGCGAAGACGUUUUGGAUGAGUCAGAAGGGAGACGCUGUGGUUGAAUACAAUGUCUCUGUUGUGCACUACUGAGUUUUCUUACAUAGAGUGUUGCUUUUGUGUUAGUGUGUUUACAUGUUCCUGCAUCUUACUGGAUAUAUAUAUGAAUCAAUAAAAUCAGAUUACGAAA